AUGGAACAGAAGCAUAUUGAGUACAAAUAUAUGAAUGGCUUCGGCAACCAUUUUUCCUCUGAAGCAUUACCUGACUCUUUACCUAAAAAUCAAAAUUCUCCACAAAAAUGUCCCUAUGGUCUUUAUGCCGAACAACUUUCAGGAACUGCUUUUACAGUAGAUAGGAAGCACAAUGAGCGAAGCUGGCUUUACCGAAUUCGUCCUUCCGUUGCCCAUAAACCAUUCACAAAAGUUGCUGAAAAAACUGGCCUUGUGAGUCAAUUCAGCAAUACUAAUGACGUUAGUUAUAUUCCGAAUCAAACUCGCUGGGAUCCGUUCAAAUUACUCUCGGAGAAAGCCGAUCUAUCGCAAAAUGUAAAUUUCAUUUAUGGUUUGCAUACUUUAGCUGGUGCUGGAGAUCCAUCUAUAAGAAAUGGUUUAGCUAUCCACAUAUAUAAUGCAAAUCAUAAUAUGGUUGAUACUGCUUUUUACAAUUCCGACGGUGACUUUUUGAUAGUUCCGCAACAUGGUCGACUUGAUAUAACCACUGAAUUUGGUCGUAUAAUGGUUUCUCCUUGUGAAAUUGUUGUUAUUCCACGUGGCAUUAAAUUUGCUGUAAACCUUCCUGAUGGUCCAAGUCGCGGCUAUGUUUUAGAAGUUUUUGUAGGUGCAAAUGGUCUCGCUAACCCACGUGAUUUCUUGACACCUACGGCCUUUUUCGAAGAUAAAACAAAUUGUAAUUACACUAUCGUGAAUAAAUAUGUUGGCCAAUUAUUUGCCGCGAAACAAGAUCAUUCACCAUUUGACGUUGUAGCUUGGCAUGGAAAUUAUGUUCCAUAUAAAUAUGAUCUCAACAAUUUUAAUGUUAUAGGUUCCAUUUCCUUUGAUCAUCCGGAUCCAUCCAUAUUUACUGUGCUUACUUGCAAAUCCGCAUUUCCUGGAACUGCGAUCGCGGAUUUCGUGAUCUUUUCUCCUAGAUGGUUAGUCCAAAAACAUACUUUUCGUCCUCCUUAUUUCCAUCGAAAUUGCAUGGCAGAGUUUGUGGGACUAGUUAAAGGUAGAUAUGAUGCUAAGGCGAAAGGAUUUCUUCCUGGUGGUGCAAGUCUCCACACUCAUAUGACAGCGCAUGGCCCAGAUACUACCACCUUUGAGAAAGCGUCUAAUGAGGAAUUAAAGCCGCAGCUAGUAUCCGAGGGCGCAAUGGCUUUCAUGUUUGAAUCCUCUCUAAUGCUUGGCAUAACUAAGUGGGGCUUGUCAUGUUCAGAACUUCAAAAAGAUUAUAAUGAAGCAUGGGAGGGCUUGAAAAGUUAUUUUGAUCCAAAUAAUCGCUCAGGAAACUAA